CCGACCUGACGGCGAUCAGUCCGUCUCGAGGCGCAGGACCAGUCGCACGCGCGCCAAUUCACAUUCCACCAUGGGUACCUGCCGGGUCGCGGCGCCCCUGCUGCUGCUGGUCAUCGGCCACUGGGCCCACGGCCAGCAGAUCUUCGCCAGGACCGAGCUCUACGACGAGCAACUGCUCAUGCAACAAUUGCAGAUUGACCAGCAACAAGUUCAAGCUCAAAUACAGAAUUUGCAACUGGAACGUCAGCUGGCCGUUCGCGGCUCCGCGGAGGCGGAACGACUGGAUGCAUUCCAGGCCGAGCUGCUGGCCCGAUUGCAGGAUGACGCCGUCCACUUCCAGGAACUGCAACGUCGUUUGCAACUCAGGGUGCUGCAGCAAUCCCCUGGUUCGCCAUUCACUAUCUUCCAGCGCCGGCAGACGAGUCCCAACUCGUUCCCACCCCCGCCCCCUCGGAUCCAACCUGCUCGCCCAAUAGCACCGCAGCAGCCGGCGCUUUCUGGAUUUAGCCAGUUUCAGAGGCCGCAGUCUCAAGCACAGGCCCCAACGCGUCCGCCCCCUCCUUUCCAGAGCAGGCCCCCGCCACCCCCACAGCCGGUUGUUAGCCAAAAUCAGCCAAAUCCCCCCAGUGUUCCAGCAGGGGCUGCCCCGCCGUGUCAAACGACGCGUGGCGAGCUCGGUCGGUGCACGCCGCUCGUCAACUGCGCCGUCUUCUACACCGACGUCCCGGAGCUGCGUCGUCAGCCGUGUCCUCUGGGGCCGCCGGGUCUGUUCGGGGUUUGCUGUCCCCCGAGGUCGGCCGUCCAGUCGUCACCUCCGGACAAGGGAGGAGUGAACGAGAAUGGAGUGCUGCGCGCCCCCUCUCCCCCGAGGGUCGUCGUGCCCCCCAUUACCCCCGCGCAGCUGCAAAACGCAGGCCAGAAGGGUAUCGACGCUCUCAAGGCUAGGCUCGAGUUUGUGGCGAGGCUCUUUGCAUUGGGCAUUAAGGUGACUCCUCAAAGCCCCGCUAAGGGGCACCAGGAGUUCUUCCAAACGGACAACGCUACCUUGAAGCAGGGUGAGAACGCGCAGACAGGAGUGGACGCUUCCGUUUCCCUCGUCCAAGACCUUCAACUGACUCCAGAGCAGGGUACGUUUGCUCUUCCCGGAUUCAGCCUGUUGAACACAAUCAUCGGGGACUCGUGUCCCCCUGAGAUCUCGUGUGACGCCAGGGCAAAGUACCGUGCCGCCGACGGCUCUUGCAACAACCUAAUCGACGGCCGUUGGGGCCGCAGAGGGGUCGCCCUCCAGCGCAUCCUCCCACCCAAGUACGGAGACGGUGUCAACUCGCCGCGGGCGGGAAGCCGAGGAGCAGCUCUGCCAACGGCUCGCGAGGUGAGCAUUCGACUGACGUCCGGAGGCGGCGGCGACACUCCCGACGACAGCCUCACGUUGCUCGUGAUGCAGUGGGGACAGUUUCUGGACCACGAUCUCACGCACACGCCCAUCAGCAAAGGCCCGACGCAGAGUGGCAUCGCCUGCUGCACCAACGGCAAGAUUAACGACCCCGACAAACGCCACCCUGACUGCUUCCCCAUCGGCCUCCCCUCUAGGGAUCCCGUUUUCGGGCCUAUUGGUGAACAGUGCAUGGAGUUCGUGCGUUCACUUCCCGCCCCUAGGCCGCAGUGCAACUUCGGUCCUCGAGAGCAAAUGAACCAGAUCACCGGCUACAUGGACGGUUCAAACGUCUACGGCUCGAACCAGGAACAGCAGAACGCGCUUAGACUGUUCCAAGGGGGCUUCCUCCGCGCCCAGCAGACCAGAAGAUCCACUCUUCUCCUUCCGGACAACAGGAAUGACUGUCUGGACAGCAGCAGCCAGCUCGCGUGUUUCCGGGCAGGCGACGGCCGCGUGAACGAGCAGCCGCAGCUGACGGUGACGCACACAGUGUGGAUGCGGGAGCACAACAGGUUAGCCGCCGCCCUCGGCGAGCUCAACCCCAAAUGGAGUGACGAAGCCAUUUUCCAGGAAACGAGGAGGCUGGUUGUGGCGCAGAUGCAGCACAUCACCUACAACGAGUGGCUGCCCAUCAUCCUUGGACGCGAGCGGAUGGAGCAACUGAGACUGCUGCCUCGCGAGGAAGGCGCCUCUCGUUUGUACGACGACACUCUCAAUGCUGGCAUCACAAAUGUCUUCGCCACGGCUGCUUUCCGCUUCGGACACUCGCUCAUCAGAGACUCGAUACAACUGUUCAGCCAAUUUGGAACCAUAAAGGAGGAGCUGCUGCUGCACCGAAACCAAUUUUCGCCGUUCGCCCUGUACAAGGAAGGCGCCUUCGAUGAUCUGCUUCGCGGACUCCUCACGCAGACCUGUCAACGCUUCGACCGCUUCUUCUCCCGUGAAGUUACUGAUAAGCUUUUCCAGGGAUCGUUGCCGUUCGGUCUUGACCUGGUGGCCCUGAACAUCCAGAGAGGUCGUGACCACGGCCUUCCGCAGUACAACGAGUGGCGGACAGUGUGCGGGCUGAACAAGGCGGAGGAGUGGCGCGACCUGGUGCCGCAGAUGGAGCCACAGGCGAUCGCAGCCCUUCAGGACGUGUACGCCGACGUCGACGAGGUCGAUCUCUUCCCCGCCCUGGUGGCCGAGCGUCCUUUGAAGGGCGCCCUCGUCGGGCCAACCCUCGCGUGCAUCCUCGGAGAUCAGUUCGUGCGGCUGCGCAGGGGCGACCGCUUUUUCUACGAAGAAUCCGGACAGACUGGAUCCUUCACGCCAGAGCAACUCGCAGAGAUCAAGAAAACGAGCCUGGCACGAAUUCUGUGCGACAACUCCGACGACAUGGUGCGUCUGCAGCCGCUUGUCUUCUUCAAAUCCUCCUUUGCGAACCAGAGGGUUGAUUGCACGAGCGACGCGAUCCCGCGACUCAAUCUGGCCGCGUGGGCCAACGAGCCGGUGCCUGUGUGAAAACAAAAUCAAAAGGCAGCCAUAUAUUUGAUUAAAUAACCCAACUGUGUUUUAAUGCUCUCUAGACUAGGGUAGAGACUGAGUGGAAUGUGACGGCAAUAAAAAAGCUUUUUUGAUUGCAA